GAUGAUGAUGCCGGUGUGUGUGAGCGAUGACGCUGCUGGUCGAAGCAAGCAAGGUUUUUCUUCGAGCGAACUACCGUAGUCUACCGAUUGAUCAUUGAGUUUUUCCCAAGAUCAGACACCAGAUGUCGAACGUCCACGGUUCAAACCACACGGCGCCGACCGCAUGCUUCCCAAGGUUUUACCCCGACCGCAAGACUGCAGUCGCUAUCGUAGCAGCAGCUCUGGUUGGGGGAGCUUGUUGCUUCGCCAUGACGUCGGCCCAGGCGACAGACGCUGAUGCCAUCAUCGGCGCGGGAUACAGCGCCAGAGACGUAGAUUGUGACGGGGACACCAUAGACCAGAUUACACACCAGCUGGUCGUGUGGGGCUGGAAGACCAUCAAGUUUUACUCGUGCUUGCGAGGCCUGUUGCUUGCCACGAUUUGGUUUGCGGGGACGAUUUUUUUCCGUGGACCUACUGAGGAAGGCGUCGGCGCUGCUCGGCAGGGCACCGGCGGCGGCUGCACCAGCGGUGGCGGCAGCGGCGGAGUAGGUGCUGCCCGACCCUAGCGGCGAUGCUUCCCGCUCGCGCAACGCCACGGCGGGUGCCGCUGACCUCGCAGGCAGGAAUGAUUGGAUGAACUCCCGACCAUCUCCACCUACGACCACGGUCGACACAUCAAUCUGCUGACGGGGUGGGAAAUGGGGUCUGUUUUGUGGCACUGCUUCUUUUGAUCGGGACCGAACAUAACGGGGCAGUGAUGUCACGGAUCUAGUAGAGGGUGUUCGUAAGCCAAACAAGGCCGAAAUGGAUGGGGUGCGGUGAAGAAGUGAGUUCGCUGAAGAGGUGGCGUUUAUGAAGAUCGUCGCUAGUGAUUUUCGGUUUUGGUGUUGGGAAGGAUGCGGUGCGGGCAAACACGGGCUGGGGCGUGGUUUGCACGGUCGGGGAUUGAGUCGGGAAGAAAAAAGAACCGAACUUGCCCAUGAUCGGCAAGUUUCGUGCCGCUUCAUUUUGCGACCCAUGGUACCGUACCCCUUUCGUCGUGCGGGAUUUGGUCUUUUCUCGUGCUUUCUAUUCCAACCGUAGCCGUGUCAUUUGUUUGUAGAAACUUCUUGUUUGUGACGAUAUAGUCUACAUAUGGUUUGAUUGAGCGUGUAGGGGGAACUUCCGUUAGUCAGUCUUGCUUAAUUGAAUUUUUCAUGGAACCUUCUCUUGUGUUUUUUGUUGGAUGGUCUGCACCUGCGAGCGGGAAAAAGUCGCGGCUUGCAUAGGAUGGUCGGCAGCUGCUGAGAAUGCAACGAGAGACCAAACAGGAUUGGCGAGAAGGUGGGGAAGGGGGGGGGGGCCUACUGACAAUAUUUUUAGACGAUAUGGGGGUUUAGUAAGAAACACUUUCUACAGGACAGGACAGAGCUUGUUGCCUUUGGAACGAGGUGUCCCCACACCGCCCCUCACGUUUCUUCUCUGUAGUGUGCUCUCCUUAAACUCGGGUGGUGGGCUUGUCAAUGGAUAAACCAGUAUUUGAGCAACCCCUUGGGUUCGUUUAGCGGUACGACUGAGUACAGCUUGGUUUCGUCCCCGCGGCACAUUUAUUUUUAUUGGCUGCCUGCCCCCUAGGUUUGGAGUACUGGGUCUCCCGGGUACGAGCGACUUCUUGAUGUUUUGUUGGAAAUUUUGCCCUUCAUGCCUCGGCAUGUUUCACGGAUGGGGGGA